UAAUCUCCCUUUCUUCCUCACUCCAUUCCUUUGCUUAAACCCAAACCAGUGCAGUCAGCCUUCGGUUCGUUUUCCGGCGACAUUUCCGGCCAAAACUCGACCCCUUCAUUGUAAAAUUCCACUGUCUUGAUCUCAAAUUGAUUUGCGGGGGACAAUUUGAGGCCAAAAACUCAGGUUUCCGGCUCGCUGGGCUCGAAUCAGGCAGGCCCUGCUACGCACUGGGAAUCACUCUGGGCUCGAAUCAGGCAGGCCCUGCUCCCCCAUUGGGAAUCGAAAACCAGUUAGAACCCAUUUUCAUUUUUAGCAAAUUUUGAAGGAUGGCGAGGAUGCAGAGAUAUAGAGGAGUGCGGCAAAGGCAUUGGGGCUCUUGGGUCUCGGAAAUCCGUCACCCAUUGUUGAAAACAAGGAUAUGGCUCGGAACAUUCGAGACAGCCGAGGACGCGGCUCGAGCCUAUGACGAAGCGGCUCGGUUCAUGUGUGGGCCCUGUGCCCGAACCAACUUCCCAUACAGCCCAAAUGCAUCUCAGUCGGCCUCUACGAAGUUCUUAUCCCCGAAUCUGACGGCCAAGCUUCAGCGAUGUCAAAUGGCUUCCCUCCAGCUCCAAGCCGCCAAGCCGAGCGUCAGCUCGCCGAGCCAGCAGAAGAUACCGGCCGGCGGUCCCCCGGAGAACGGGUGGGUCUUAAAAGUGGAGAUUGAGAGUGGCGAGCAAAUGAAUAGAUUGGAGGAUGAGUUUAUUGAACAGAUGAUAGAGGAGCUUAUGGAUUGUGGGUCUUGUAUUGAGUUGAGAUGUGCGUAGGUUUUAAUACUAAAAAUAUGGAGAAGAAAAUUAGCUGACAUGAGGUGUUUUUCUCUCUUUUUGAAAUAUUUUAUAUUCACUAAUUGUUUAGGCAGGGCCUGUAGAGUGGUGAUUCUCAAAAUGCAAAUUUAUUGAUGGGUGUAUGUACAUAUGGAAAAUAUUGGGCAAUGGGAGUUUAGGUGCUA